GGAGUGGAGGCAAUGAACGCUCUUCGCAGCCCUUGGCCUCAAGGUCUGCUCCUGUAUGCGUUCCCUCCCUUUUCUCUGGUGGCCAAAGUAAUUCACAACCUGUUGCAAGAACGGGCAGAGCUCAUCCUGCUGGCCCCUCACUGGCCCCGCAGACCUUGGUUUGCGGACCUUGUUUCGCUUUCAGUGGCUCUUCCAUGGCAAAUCCCAGACAAUCAAAUCGCGCUAUUUCAGGGCGACCUCGCCCAUCCGGAACCCCAGGUCUAUCAUCUGACCGCCUGGAGGUUGAGCAGCAACGUUUAAUCACUGCCAAUGUCUCUCCUGCAGCUAUUCCUAUCAUCUUAGCAGCUCGCAGACCUUCUACCGCUCAUAUUUACGACUCCACCUGGAAGUCUUUCCUCCGUUGGGCCACCAAACAUCACCUGGACCCCUCAUCUAUUUCCGUAGUUCAACUGGUGGAUUUCCUACAGGAGGGAUUCGCCUCAGGUCUCUCCCCCAAUACCUUGCGCCGCCAGGUGGCGGCGUUGUCAUCGGUUUUGUCCUUCGGUCCUGAAGUCCCUCUCUCCAAGGAGCCCCUCAUCCGAGCCUUUUUACAAGGUGCCACUAAUCUACGCCCUCCGGUGAUCCACAGAUUCCCUACCUGGGACUUGAACAAGGUUCUUACUUCCCUCACAAAGCCUCCCUUCGAACCUCUCCAGGAAGUCAACUUCAAAUUUUUGUCAUUCAAGGUCUCCUUCCUGGUGGCAAUUACCUCCGCACGCCGGAUAUCGGAAUUGGCAUCACUUUCAGUUCGUUCUGACCUCUGUAUCUUCCACACUGACAGGGUCGUACUCCGUUUGGACCCAGCAUUCAUCCCAAAAGUUAAUUCCACUUUUCAUAGAUCCCAGGAACUCAUCCUUCCAAAUUUUUGUCCACAUCCACGUCACCGCCUGGAAAAAGUCUGGCACACCCUGGAUGUGCGCAGGGCUCUCAAGGUAUACCUGUCCCGAACUUCAUCCUUCCGCAGGACCGAGGCCCUCUUCAUCUCAUUUCAGCCGUCCACCAUGGGUGCUCGUGUUUCAUCCUCCACCGUUGGCCGUUGGCUGCGGGCUACUAUUGCCACUGCUUAUGAGUCUCAGUCUUUACCUGUUCCAUGACGUAUCACAGCGCACUCCACCAGAAGUGCCGCUAUAUCCGCAGCAUGGGCUCCCCAGGCUCCCCUGGAUGAAGUCUGUCGGGCAGCUACGUGGACGUCGGUGACUCCUUUUAUCCGGCAUUACCGCCUCGACACUUACGCAUCAGCUGAUGCAUCCUUUGGAAGGAGAGUGCUACAACGGGUCCGACCGGAUCCCACCCUAUAGGACAAGAGCUUUGACACGACAGUCUACUGAAUACCUCGCCUCAAAACUGGAGCCAGGCAGGAAGAGGCGGG